GGGGACAGGUCGGAGGAGAGGGGCGACAGGUGGAAGGAGGGAGAGAGGUAGGAUGGGUGGAGUGAGGGAUGUAUUUAAGACGCCGCCGUGCUCAUCCUCCUCAUCAGUCGCUUUUGCCUUCUCUCUCUGCAUCCGACCAGUAGGCCAGCACUAGUCCUCCACUCACAAUGUCUUUGCCCAACUCAGAGAACGCCUCCACCCUGGAGAACGCCAUGCAGCUCAUGAUCCAGACCUUCCACAAGUACUCUGGAAAUGAGGGGGACAAAUACACACUGAGCAGAGCUGAGCUCAAAGAGAUGCUGACCUCAGAGCUCGGCAACUACCUGGGGAAUGCCCAGGACAGGGAGGCCGUGGAUAAGGUCAUGGGAGACCUGGAUUCCAACAACGACGGGGAGGUGGAUUUCACAGAGUUCAUCAUACUGGUUGGAGCUCUUACCGUGGCCUGUAACGACUUCUUCCUGGAGUUCAACGAAAAGCAAGAGAAGAAAAAGUGAGCACGUCCACCGCACCAAGGUGUCCACUCCGCAGGCCCACAUUCUCCAGGGAGGAAGCAGGAGAGAAGAGCCAUCUAGGACUUCCUGCAAUGGACCUAAUGCACACAAAUACGCACGCACACCACACGUCUAAUAAUACAUCUUGGCUGUCUGUGUAUUUGUCUGCAAUGCCCCAUAAGUUCAUUUGAAGCCGUUUUGCAACUGCAAUGUAAAAUUCUCAGUUUCAACACCUGUCAUUGCCGAGUAUGGGAAUAUCUCUCUGUUCUUUUUCUUCUCAUGCAUUUUGUUACACAUUCAAGCUGAGGAAUUCCCCCCUGGAAAGAAUAAAUGUGACCUUUGCUGAAACAA